UAGAGGGAGACGCCGUGACGUCACAGCUGCGAAGCUAUGUGAAGCCGAGGGUAGCCAUCUCAGUCCGGCCAAAACAUUGCUGCUGGAAGCUUGUGUGCAUUGGCUUGUCGCUCGCUUUUGGAAGGAUUUUGCGCUAUUAUGGUGACUUGUAUGGUGUUCGGGUGUACGAAUCGUUCUGAUUGUGAUGCGAAAUCUAAGGGAAUAACAUUUCAUGUAUUUCCUAAAAAUGAAAGUUGGAAAGCUCUGUGGGAGAAUGCCGUGAGGAGGAAGAAUUGGUGUGCGUCUAAAUGGAUCACUAUAUGUUCUCAACAUUUCCGAGAAGAGGACAUAGACCGAACUUCCCUUUCAACAGUAAGGCUCCGAGAAAAUGCUGUACCAUCAGUUUUCCCUACACACGCAAAACAUUUGCAAAAGGGAGACAAGAAGAGAAAGCCAUCAUUGCGGAAGGAGAGCUCUUCCUUUCCAUCUUCAGUUUUGGCUGCCGUCAGCAGAGUGCAGGAUGAAGAAGUUCCUGCUCUUGUUCCUGAGUACACUGCAGGACCACCAGAACGUAGUCAGACAUCCUCUGAAAGUGAGGAACUGAAGACGAAGUGUGAACACCUCAUAAGAAAAACUGAUCCGUACAAAAAACAAAUUAAAACUCUUCAGCAGUCUUCGGAACGGUGGCAGUUACUAAGCACGGAAAAUGGUGCAGCGACAACUGACAAUGACCACGAUUGCUUUGCUACUGGAAUUUAUCUCUCUGAAGUGGCAGUCCAUAUUGUAGUAUAUAUAGCUGGAUGUGUGGUGCGUCACUUAGAGAAAACCUUAAAAUGUGAACCAUGUUUAUCCGUGUUGAGAGGGGAUGGUAGCCAUGUUGCUUAUUCUCUUAUUCAUAGAAAGAGUAGGGGAUGGUUGGUUUUACCAUCAAAUGAUGUUUUUGACAUCUGUGUGUGUGUUAAAUUAUCAGUAAAUCACUUCUGGUAUGCUGUCCAAACAGGUGACAGCCUGCACAGAAUACUCAUUUACAGGAUACUGGAGACAGAAGCAGAGACAUUUUAUAGAAGAAAUAAAAACCCUGCAUUACCUUACCACCAAAAGACUGUUGCCUCUGAUUGUGAUGGUGACUGUAUAAAGCAUAUUUGCUAUCUUUUUCUUCACAUUGGGCUUAAUAAUUCAUAUGAAACAGUUACAAAUCAGAUUGAAAAUCUGUCUUUCCGACAACGAGAAAACACUCUAGAAGCAUGCUCAUGUGGCAGUUUUUACUACACAAAGGACAGAAAUUCUGGGAUCAUAAUUGUACGGUGGGCAGACAAAAAUGUGCGUCUGGCAAGCUCUUUCUGUGGUAUUCAUCCUCGUACAACCAUAAAGAGACAGAAUAUGGAGGAGGAGAAAAAGACAGAAGUGCCUUGUCCCAACACUGAAAAGCAGUACAGCAAGCAUGGGAGGGGGAGAGCUGUAGUGAUUUGA